AUGACGACUGGACUACAAGCAACUACCACUGCAAAUCAUGGAUUUGAAACUGAAAUCUGUCGACGCCAAUUAAAACCUAGGACAAGUACUACAAGUAUUUAUAGUGAUUGUGAUUCAGUAACUUGGCCCAGUAAACAUCGUUAUGUAAAUAAACAAAAAAUAUUAGAGAAAAUACCGCUAAUGGUAUUUUGGCCAAGGAGAACUAAAUCAACAUCAAUCUAUGCAAUUCAGACCCCUCCGUCUUCAAAUCCUAUUGAAACCUCGAUUCAGCACGUCAGAAAUACUAUUCAACCAAUGCUUUGGGAAGAAAGAACAAAAUAUUUAGUGCGACAACGAUCAAUGCCAUUGUUUCAAAUCAUCGAUGAAUAUGAUGAAAUCAAACGUUUUAGUUGA